UAUACUCGCAGACGGCAAGCCUGAAUCCCCCAAACAAACCAGAGAGCGAGAGGAUUUGGACAUCCCUCAUCUGCGAAGGAGAUGGAGGGCGUCUCCGAGGAGCAGCAGUCUGAGUUCUUGAACGUGGUAAAGGAGAUCAUGUCCCUGCAGAGGGAGCGCAGGGACCUGCUCGCCGCCCUCACCCCCGGGGUCUCCGUCUGGAAGCGGCGAGGGCUAGGAGAAGAAAUAACUCUAGUCCGGAGGCUCGCUGGAAAGGAUUACACGGCGCCCGUCCAGGUCCAGGUUCCGGAGAUGGAGACGGAAGAAUCGGCUUCGACAGAGGAACAACUCGGGAGGUACUUCGAUUCUAUAUUGCAGGAUACGGAGGACCUGAGCCACCGUAUGCUGUCUAUGGCGUAUGCUGUGGUUAACUCGACGUCUGGAUUAAUGCACGCCUGCAAGGAGUUGUACGAAGACACCCACGAUAAUGAGCAGGCGGAGGAGGAGCAGAAGAACACAUUCUUGGAUCUCCACGACAAGUUCCUGAGAGAACCCUUGAGUUACGAGAACGAGCUGGCGUUAGUAGUUACCAGGGAGGAGGAGGAGUUCUACGAGAAGGUGGUGGAGACGCUGAAGAAAAGGGCGGAGGAGGUGCGUCAGCACAACAUGUUGAAGUGGAAGCGAUGUGAGGAGAAGGAGAAGGAGAGGGAGAGGUACUACACGGAGAAGAAGAUGGGGAGUGGGAAGGACAAGGAGAUUGAGUUGAGGUGGAAGAAGAAGAGGGAGAAGGAGCAGGAGGAGAGGGAGAAGAAGGACAAGGAGGAGGAUGAGAGGGAGAAGAAGGAGAUGGCCACAAUGGAGUAUCUCAAGAAGCGGAUGGAGGUGAGCGAGGAAUUCUUCGCGGAUCAUCGUGACGGUUGGGAAACUGGAUGGGGCAGCAAGAGUGUAAGGUGCGGCGACUUCCGAGACAAAACCACAUUGAGCCCUAUGCAUUUUACGCACUACACACCCAAUACCAUCCGAUCCUCUUGUGGUGUCACUGGGAGCACCUUGCAGAUCUACUCCAUGCAAAUUCUUGAACUAAAAAAAGGAUUGAACUGGCCACUAAAACUGUACGGAGUGGUCGCUGCUCGAGACAGCGUGGAUCGCAACCGCAACAUUGUCUUCUCUCGGUCAAGUCUUAACUCUCAAGAACUCAAUGAAAAUGGCUCUUCUUUAUGUUUGACUGGUCCGGCUCGUGCAAUUGUAGCUCUGGGCCCUGUUGACUUUGAAAUUGAACUGAAAAUAGAAGAGGGAGAGGAAUCCCAAGACAAAGAAUUGAUCACUCUUAGCAAGCGGUAUGACGGUACAGAUGAAGUUGUGGCUGAUGCAGAUGAAAUUGUGUUGCUUGAUUGUCGCGGUGAUGAUGAAGUGCGUGUAGGAUCAGAUGGUUACCUUCAUCUGUCAAGGAAUGUUGUGUCAGUGCAAUCACAAGGAACAAUGGUAGUUGUCAUACGAACCUACUUGGAGUCUGGUCACGCCGCUCAAGAUUCGAAGGUUGAAUUCCCUGCCAAGCUUUGCCAAACUAGUGAGAGUGAAUGUUCGGUUGGCAACAGUAAGGUGAAGAUCGUUGUUGCUUGGUCCCUCCUUGUCAAGGAGAAGCAGGACCUCCUGGUGGAUUGCCCAGCGGUAGAGCCUUGA